UUUAUUAUAGUUUGUUUAUUGCACACAUGUACUGGCUAUCCGGUGUUUUUUGUUUUGAAAAAAGCUUAAAUUCCAAAAUACCCCAGUAUUGGAAUAGGGCGGUAAAUCCAAUGGAAACUGUAAGAAAAAAAGGUAGAUUGUCACUAGGCAUUUCGUAGCGAUCAUCUCUGUGAAUCUUGCAGGCCCUCCCCGUUCUACCAGCGGCGGAACCCAAACUGCGCCCCGCCAGCUCCGCCUCCCAGCCAAGCCGGCUUCCUUCCUUAACCGGGUCUAUUUAGAACCGCCAACGCCGCUGCCACCUCCCGAGGCCGUCCGGGCUGCAUUGUGCCCCCUUCCAGAACCGCGGCUUUCCCUUCCGGCUUUCCCGCAGCAAAACAGCUCGGAGCAAAGUACGAACGGAAGAAGCGGCAACAGCCUGGGCUACCGCCGGCCCCGCCCGGCUCCUUUCAGCACUGGGCUUCCUGAAAUCCGGGCCAGGGUCUCUGAAGUGCCAGGGGGGCAGAGCAGCCGGCUGGCUUUGCGUCUUCGACUUCCACUGCACCGCUUCUGCUGCUGCUGCUGCAUCGCCAACCUCGCGCGGCGUAGCCGGCUGGGGGCUUUGCGGAGAAUGCCUCCCGGAUCCCGGGCUCGGGACAGCCGAGAUUAGCUCCCGCCCCCGUCCCUCCCCCUCCGGCUCCCUCCCUCUCUCCGCUUCCCUGCCAGUUCAGCUCCGGACGCCUCUUGGCCAGCGCUCGGCAGGCACAUCUAAGCCGGGUUCUGCCCUCCUGCAGCUCCCCCUCUUCCUUUUCCAGCCGAUCGAGGCUUAGCGCUCGCUGCACCGUCUCAACAAGAUGGCGGGGUCGGUGGCAGAGAGGGACGCGGUGAAAAUAGAGGACAGACUUUUAAACAACUCUUUGGGAUCCCCAGUUCAAGCCGAAGUGUAUUUUCCACGACUGAUUGUCCCUUUCUGUGGGCACAUCAAAGGAGGCAUGAGGCCAGGCAAGAAAGUCGUGGUAAUGGGCAUCGUGGAUCUCAACCCAGAGAGUUUUGACAUCAGUCUUACAUGUGGAGAUUCUGAAGAUCCUCCUGCCGAUACAGCAAUUGAACUGAAAGCCUUAUUUUCAGAUAAACAGUUCCUCAGGAAUUCCUGCAUAUCUGGAGAAUGGGGAGAAGAGCAGUCAUCUCUUCCAUAUUUCCCAUUUAUCCCUGACCAGCCCUUCAGGGUUGAAAUAUUGUGUGAACACCCUCGUUUUAGAAUAUUCGUGGACGGACACCAGCUUUUUGAUUUUUACCAUCGCAUUGAGAAGUUAUCAGCUAUUGAUACAAUAAAGAUAAAUGGAGACCUCCAGAUUACUAAACUUGGUUGACCUAGGUUUUUCAAAAUAUUAUUAAAAACAAACAAACAAAGAUAACCAAAAUUUUAGAUUCCAAAUUGGCUCCGGUUCUGUUAGCCUCUGUCUGAAGACGCAAUGAGAAUUUUGUUUGGGACACCCAGCUACCAGACGGCGAUCAUUAUUGUCUUCUCAGCAGCAAAAGACAUGUUGAUGAAUUGAACUAUUGUUUAUUUGAAUGAAGAAAGCACUUAAUGAUAAAUAGUUACUGAGCCGUCCUUCUUUUAUGGAACUAAAAAGCCUAUCCCUGCUGGAUAAUCACAUUAUAAUGGCUCUUGAAAGAGUUACUUCAUUGUCUAAACUGUAUAAGCUAUUCAUCUUUCCAAAAAGAGGGCAGGUUUGAGAAUCAAAUACUAAAUCUAUUACAACAAUGACUUUUCUUUUUGCAAAUCAUCCCCAUCAUCAUCAUCAUCAUCAUAAAAAAGUUCUCCUGCACUUAAGUGGAUUAAUGUAAGUGUAACACCAAUCACAAAAUCAGGCCAGAUAUGGAAGCCAUUAUUCAAUACCUAUAGCUGGUUUUAUUCAAACCAAUAACAAAGGUCCCACAGAUGUUAACUGUGCAGUGUUAGCUGGACAUUGUGGCAGUGGUCUAGCACAUGCUCAGCUCCUUCACCCCACAGAAUCAAGCGAAGGUAGUGUACCUAAUUACAGGACUGCAGCCACUUGAAUUGCCAAGGAAAAGUAGAAACUGAAUAAUGGCUUCUGAAUUUAGCCUGCAUAUUUUAGUCAGGGUAUGUGUAUAGAAUGUAGGUCAUUACAUGUUUUGCACAAUGUAAUACUAAUACAAUCUGGUUUAUUUAUUGGUGCUCAUUGUGUUAAUGUAUUAACAGAAAAAUCGAAUGAUAUUGAAACGUUGGAGGAGCAAAGUAUAAGCAUUCUGAAUAUACAAUAUAGUAACAUAUCAUUUUGGAAAUACCUGCUGUUUAUCUUAAGGUGGUUGGGGUUAUUUUUGUGGUGCUCUCACAAUGUCACAAAAGAUUAUUGUCAUGUUUUUACCAGAAAUUGCUUUCAGUAUGUUGUAAUUUUGCUGUAAAUGGUACUCGGAAUUCCUUCCUUCCCUCAGUUAAUAAGGAUUUCUAAUUUGAUUGGGAUAUGCAUAGACUGCAGUCCUAUUAUACUCAUUAUCCAGGAGCAAGCCCCCUUCUGGGCAAUGAAAUUGAUUUCUGAAUAAACAUUGUAAGAUAGCUCUGUUUGAAUUUGAGAAUACCAUGCAUUUUUGCAAACCAAUGCCCUUGGUAGCUGCUGUCCUGGUUGAGGGAGGGGAUAAAAUUCUCAGCUCAUGUAAGGACAAAAGUUUAUCCCUUAUAAAUGGCCUAAUUUAUAAUUUAAUCUAAUUUUCCUGAUAUAGGAACAUUGGAUGUUCACAAAUAGUAGUUUUUAUUGAAGAGCAUAACUAUGUUAUCACUGUAAUUAUACUGCAGAAUGAAUGCAGUGAUUCCCCCCCCCUUCUUUAGAAAUCAGUGCAAUUUACACACAUGGGACCAUAUUCACAGUGAACAACAAAGGAUUUAUUUGAGUGUUAUAGUGUGAAGAAAAAGGUGUAUUUGCAUUAUUUUUAGAAUUUGUAUUAUAGGGACUUUUAAAGACAUUUAUUAUGGAGACUUUUGUAGUAUAACUUUUUUUAAAAGUGAAGAAAAGAACAAAAUAAUUUAUGCUUGAAUCAUAAAGAAGGUCUGUUUCCAUCAAUCAGAGCAAGAAUCUUCUUAUUUAAGAUUAUAUACAGUAGCUUUAUUGUGCAUCCAAAUGUCAACUCAUCCUAUCUGAUCCUUGAAUUCAAGUCUAACACAGUUAAUGAAGUAGAGGCAUUAAUUUGUCUCUAGAAAUCUGUAGAAUAAACAUGGCUUCCGUUAUUACCCCCCCAAAAGAGUCAUUAGUUCUGCACUCCCUUUGUAUUGGGUUAUAAUGAUGUAGUGUGUUGCAGAAGUGAUCAGCCUAAAUAGUUUGAAGUUUAAAAAAUACUGGAACUGCAUCACCACUCCCCCAUUUAUUUGCAUGGUCCUCUAAAUGUAAUAGCAGAAUUUUGUGGCAUUCUUUGGCCCAAAAAAAGCUAUCGCUGAUGAAAAAUUGCUUGAAAAAGUAGGGAACAGUUGCUUCUUUGUCUUUAAGAGGUGGAAAAGGGAUCCAAAAGAUUCCUUCAGGAUUCAUUGCAGCCAAAGGAGUACCACAAAGUAACUAAAGCCACAGGUCUUCACCUAUUGAUUAGACAGUUGAUUUUGCUUAAUAUACGUGAAACUUUUUAAAAAAUAUAUUUUGUCAUACUGUAAAAUUCAUUCACUGACGGAAGCAGGAUUUAUUUAUGUAAAAAAUAUACUUAGCAGUCAUGCCAUAAGACUAUCUUAAGCACAUAUAUUUAGGACAGGCCAAUGACACUUGAUAUUAAUUCCUGAAUAAUCUUAAAUAGAAGCAGAAUAUAACAUGUUUCAGUCUUAAGAAUAGAACUGAUUAUUUUCAUUGAAGGUGGUGGGAAAAAGGAGUUACUCCUGACUAAUUCUGGCUAGAAUUAGAAAAUGUGUUAAAGCCACAAUAUUUGGUAUAGUUAAACCUAUUUAUUUAGACAAAAAAUAUACAGUACAAUGUUGUUAAAAUAGCAUAUUACUUCUGAAUUAAUAUAAUAAUUUGCAAAAAUCUGCAUAUUCUUCGGUAGUUCACCCCUUGCAUUCUUCUUUAAGCAGAUACUGCACAUCGGGGUGAAAACUAUAUCACGAGAUGAGCAGCAUAUAAAUUUGAUAAAUAAAAUAACAUUCUGACUGAAGCUGGACUCAAGCUAGUAUCCGGCCCAGCAACAUGAUGAACAGUUCAGUCUGCAAAAACACACUGCACAGUGUAAACAUUGAUUUACAAGUCAGAAUUCCUGAAGCUGCAUGAAAGUGUGAUCACAAUUUUAAGUGUGCAAAUUUUCACUUUAAAAUAAAUGAUCAGAUCAUACAAUAGAAUAUCACUUCUCUAUGUAGAUUCUCCAGAAAUUUUUACAUUCUACUUUCCUAUGAUAGGCAUGCUUUUAUUUCUGUCUCUGCUGGUGAUUCUUGGCUAUCGGUCCCUCAAAAGUCCAUCUAUGAAAAUAAUUGACAUCCCCUGAGUUUUUGCAAGAUUGUUUUGCCAUCAUAGUUAGGCUAUGACGAUUCAUUAAAUCCAGCUACACUAAAAUGUGCAACUGGAAGAAACUUAACUUUGAAUACCCUGAUUUACCAUUAUUUCAAAGUAAUAUCAUGCCCUCAAUUGGCCUUUCCAAACUUUCCUUGAUGAGAAUUAAGGGAGGAGGAGUCUGACACAUUGGGGGAUUAGAUUGGGAAAGACUGAUUAGUUUCCAGGUUCCACUACUGCUUCCCAGUAACUUCUUUUGAGUCAAUUUAUAUGUCAUGUUCUCUUUGUAUUUCUAUUAGAUUCUGUGUGGGAUUUUUACCAGGAUUUAUACCAUAUAUAUAUAUAUAUAUUGUUAAACUGUGCCAUUUUUUAAUGUCUUAAGAAAUCCAACAAUAUUUCUAUAUAAUACAAAAGAGAGAACAAGCAAGAAAGAUAUUCUUGAAAAUAAAAGCCAAACAGAGAGGAAAUUAUUUUAUUUAUAUGUUUGGAUUAUUUUUCUCUACUAUAUAUCAAUAUGCAGGCAGUCUAAUGAACUCUUGACCAAUUGAUCCCCAAGGUUUUGAGACUAAAUUUACUUUUUCUGAUUUCAACUAAAUCCUUAGAUUAUGAUGAUGAAAAUGCCAUGAUAAUUUUUUCCACAUGGGAAUAUCUGGUAACUUUUAAUUUUAUCACUUCACAGCAAAAAAAAAAAAAAAAAAAA